UUGAGUGAUUUACAGGUAUUCCGAGAAGAAGCUACUUUCGACGAAGCAGAAAGGCGAUGUGUUUCGUUUGGAGGGCAUUUGGCAUCGAUCCACAGUGACGAGGAAAACGAAUUCGUUUAUGGGUUAGCAACAAGAGGAAGGCCAGUGAAAGACGUUCACGAGCUCACAUGGAUCGGCCUACGAAAGCACCCCUGGCCGAAGGACUGGUUAUGGACUUGGACCGAUAGAAGUCCCUCGCUUUACACGAGGUGGUCUCCCAAGCAGCCGGACAAUUCAGAAUACAAGGUUGCUGCCGCAGUUGAUCAGCGAAAACACGAACCACCCCAGCACGAAGGAAAAGUUCUGGAAUGA